AUCUAGAGGAACAUGACUGUAACUUAUGAACUACUUAUACACUUAUGACAUGGGGAUUCCCUUGUUUUCACCAAUGAGAUCCAUAUAAAAUGCUUAAAACACGUACUGACAACAGGAGGGUGGAUGUAGUUCAGUGGUAGAGUGCUCGCUUGAGUUCCAAUGGAUCGACGCAGAAUCAGUCGCCCUUGGUGUACUUCAGUCGUUUUCUUUCCAAUCAGUGCCCCACAACCGAUCUUUCAAAGAUUGUAGUAUAUACUGUCCUAUCUAUGGGAAAGUGCAUAUAAAAAUCGUGUUCUUACUUUUGAAAGGAGUAAUCUGUGGCAGCAGCAGCGGCCCAGCAGGUUGCCCUCACUCUUCCUCCCCCUCUCGCUCUCCGAAGUGUUGAAAUAACCACUUUAGACAUCAAAUAGUAGUAGUUUAUCAAAUGUGCAGAGGUGCCGUUAAAUAAAUUACAACUCGCAUAAUUAACAUAUAACUUAAUGACGGAUGCAGAAGCAUACAGCAGUUGCGAUCAGUGCAUUUGUUUUCAAAGAUCAUCUUCUAACAUCGCACACAAUUCAGUAAUACUUAGCCUAUUUAAUAUAAUGAUCUAGUUAACAUUAUGGUUAGCAGGCCGAGUCCUAAGAACUAAAAGAGAACAUCUAUGGGAGUAAAACCACAAAAACUUUCAUGAAGGCAAGGUUACAGCAACAAGCUAGCAUUCGACUAAAGUCAAAAACCUUCAUGAAGGCAAGGUUACAGCAACAAGCUAGCAUUCGACUAGACAAGUCAAAAACCUUCAUGAAGGCAAGGUUACAACAACAAGCUAGCAUUCGACUAAAGUCAAAAACCUUCAUGAAGGCAAGGUUACAGCAACAAGCUAGCAUUCGACUAAAUAAGUCAAAAACCUUCAUGAAGGCAAGGUUACAGCAACAAGCUAGCAUUCGACUAGACAAGUCAAAAACCUUCAUGAAGGCAAGGUUACAGCAACAAGCUAGCAUUCGACUAAAGUCAAAAACCUUCAUGAAGGCAAGGUUACAGCAACAAGCUAGCAUUCGACUAGACAAGUCAAAAACCUUCAUGAAGGCAAGGUUACAGCAACAAGCUAGCAUUCGACUAGACAAGUCAAAAACCUUCAUGAAGGCAAGGUUACAGCAACAAGCUAGCAUUCGACUAGACAAGUCAAAAACCUUCAUGAAGGCAAGGUUACAACAACAAGCUAGCAUUCGACUAAAGUCAAAAACCUUCAUGAAGGCAAGGUUACAACAACAAGCUAGCAUUCGACUAAACAAGUCAAAAACCUUCAUGAAGGCAAGGUUACAGCAACAAGCUAGCAUUCGACUAAAGUCAAAAACCUUCAUGAAGGCAAGGUUACAGCAACAAGCUAGCAUUCGACUAAACAAGUCAAAAACCUUCAUGAAGGCAAGGUUACAGCAACAAGCUAGCAUUCGACUAAACAAGUCAAAAACCUUCAUGAAGGCAAGGUUACAACAACAAGCUAGCAUUCGACUAAAUAAGUCAAAACAAACUAACUACAUGUAGCUCCAUCUCAAUUUUGGUGAACUGUUCUAAAUUAUGGGUCCCAAGUUAUCUUCAUGAGAUUACGCAACAGUUCCAAGUUCACUAUAAUUCCACGGGAAAUUUUCAACUUCAACAGCACCAAAUCCACCACCCUCGCCCGCUUUCGAUCCCGGUCAGGCUGCUUGUGCUCACUUGCACAUGCCAGUGCGGCGAUCCCCUGUCCCUUCCUAACCCCUUUACUGUUCAGGACGGAGGAGCCGGCGAGAGCCAACACCUGCACCCAUGACAGGCAUGUGCUACAACAGCUUUUUCUGAAUGUGCCCCUUAAAUCCUAUUAUUUCACCUCGUUAGGGUUAGAAUCAUUCCACCCUUCGCCUUUUUAAUCGCACAAACUAAUGUUACGUCCAUGCUACAACUGGUCUGGGGUAGAACAAAAUUUUGUCGUAAAUCCGGAAAUUUAUGCCUGUCCUAAGUGAGGAGUAAAAUUACAACUGGUUCAAGUUACACACCUAACUUUUUAGUAUUGCUUUCUGACUACCGUAAGCUUAGCAAGCCCUUCCGACUGCUUCGAGUUACAAGCCCCUGGUUCCUUCACAUCUUUGAAUGUAGAGUAACAGCUUUUUCCUUCAGCUGUUUGAAAUUUUCUGAUUUGGGUUCCAUUACAGGGCAUUAACCCUUGUUACUAAGCCAUUUAAAAUAUGUUCUCUUACAGAUUUUUACCAUUAAUUUCACGUUACUUACAACGUCUUGCUUAAAUUAAUUUCAGUAUAUAUAUGUGUUUGUAGAAGCUCAAAAUCCAUUAGUGACUUUAAGCUGAAAUUGCUUGUUCAAUAUGACACUUAGGUUUUGGAAAUGAAGUUGUAUGUUUCCUUUUAAAGUUACAUUUGGCAUAAGUUUUAGAUUAUUCCAGCUGGCCACUUCAAAUUGUCUAGUCAAAAUUCCAUCUGGUUUUAAUACAGUUCAUGAUUGUGUUCACUGUUCAUUUAGACUGGAUGCACAUUAGAAAGAGACUAAUAACUAAAAAAAUAAAUAUUUAAGUUAUUUUAAUACUUGUUUCUACUUUUAACUUGUAGUUCACUGAAUUGUUACUCGGCAUUAUAAAGCUCUGUCAUCCAAUCAUUGUCGUAAAUGUUUAUUUUGUUUUUAAAUUGGCUUCCAUCACAGAUGUAAAUAGACCAUAAUUAUGUUCAUAACAAACGACUUUAAAAUGGCAUGAUCAGAGAUGAAGUUUGCUGUGCAUUUUUGUUGAUAAUGUGUAUAAAUAGCUUUUAAAUAUUUGUUUGCCAAGCAAAAUGAUUUGUAUGUACAUGAUCGUAGUUUACCACCGUAAAGGAAAUAGGUUUAGAGAUGCCAAGUGCCUACAUAGUUUACCUGGCUGCAAAUAGUUUUAAACACACAAACAUGUUACCACUAAGUUGAGUUUUAAAGGAACAGUGUUGUAAGACAGUUGGCUACUUAAUAUAGUUUUAUAAGAACGAUUUGACUUUCUUAUUAACUGUGAAUGAUGGAUAGUACAGCUGCCGAUCAGGAUAAGGAUGCAACUUAUUGUUUUGUGAUAAAAGAUAAAACCCAUUUAGUUCUGGUUUUACAAAAUUCUCUGAAAGGCCAGUUUAGACAGAAAGAUUAUCUGACAAGUUUGUUUUAAGCCAGUUUCAGAAAUAUGUUAUAUUCUUUUAGAAAAAUUAGUGAAAAGAAAUUUAUGCAUCUUUUUAUUAGCCGAAAUUUAUAUUUUGCAAAAUGAGUUUUGUCUUUAAGACAAACAUGUUGUGUUUAAUUAUUAAAAUUAUUUUAAAUGAGUAAAGAUAUCAGAUUUUGAAAUCCCUGAUUUUGAUUUAGUAAUAGUAUGUGCUGUUAUCACAAGAUAAUAUCUUUGCUUAUUUUAAUCUCAGGUGCACGCUUUCAUGCGAGAUAUACUGGUUAUGUAAAUGUAGUUUCACAUGUGGUAAUAUGUUUAUAGAUUAAAUAGCAUUGCAUAAUUGUUUUGGAUUUUUUACAUUCAGUUUGGUAUAUUUUGCUGACUAACAUACUUGUUCUUCUUUGAAAGUUGAUUUGAAUUGUUUGCUUGCAAACUAACAAUAUUUAGUAUGCUUGGUUUGAUAGGUAGGUUUGAAAUCUGGUAUAUAGUAAGUGACAAAAGAAAUACAAGUAAAUACAAAUACAAAGUACACAUUCCCUGGAAGCUAUGAUAUAUGAUAAUAAUUGAAACAGCAGAAUGUCUAUUAUAUUAUAUGUGUAUUAACUUUAAAUUGCAAAAUUUCUGUUUCUGUUUCACAUUACCAGACAUUUUAUGGUCUCUCCUUUACAAAGUAAAACGGUGAGAUACAGGUAUUACUUUUCUGACAGAGGCAGCAGUGUAAAAAUUUUCUUUAAAGUCUUACAUUAAGGUUAAGCACUUAAUCCGUUUCUCACAAACUACAUGGGCAGGAAAUAGCCCAGUGGUAAAGUGCUUAGUUGAUGCACCGUCGGUAUAGGAUCAGUCCUGAUCAGUGGGCCCAUUGUGCUAUUUCUCAUUCCAGCCAGUGCACCAAGACUGGUAUAUCAAAGGCCAUGGUAUGUGCUGUCCUGUCUGUGGGAUGGAGCAUAUAAAAGAUGCCUUGCUACUAAU